CCGCGCGCGGUCCGACGAGGCGUGGGACGGCGCGCGCGUGGUGGUGCAGGACGGUUGGCUGCGCGUCAUGUUCGAGAAAUUCCCCGAGGAUGCGGACGAAUGGUACGAUCCAGGGGCUGACCUCGCAUCCCCGGGCGACGUGGACGCGCUCCGCGCGAGGUUCCGCCGGGAAAUCCCGGCCCUCGACAACGCCCGCUGCGGCGAUCUCCGCCCGGGCGACCGGCUCUGCCUCGCCUGCGAUAUCUACGGUGACGAGGACGAGCCCAAAUACUACGACGCUGUCCUCGAGACUGUAAGUCCUCCUCGUCGCGCCCUACUCAGUGCGUUUGUCAACACACGCAUAUGCUUGAGUAGUAAUAGGCGCAGACCAAAUAUGCAGGUGGACGGCGUGGAGCGGUGCACGUGCCGUUUCACCGUGCGCUGGACGGUGGGCGUCGAGGUGGUCUGCUGCGUGCCGGAGUAUCCCAUCCAAGAUCCGGUGCUAAACAGGUUCGGCGAGGACCAAGGGAGGCGACGGCAGCAUCGCAGCAGGCAGCCCCGACUCUGA